AUGAUUGAUCACAACGUUCAGCUGACAUUCCCUGCUUCUGCUUUUAAGUUGAACAGGACUGCACAGGUGAACGUUGGCUUGGAGAAAGCUAUUCAUGAAGUUCUUAGAAACAUCGACAUUCUGUUUGAGAAUGACACCAUGCCACACAUUUGGGAUCAAAGGAAACUCGACGACUUCCGAAAUAUAGUAUACAGACUGGUCGAGGAGAGCGAGUGUGUUUUGAAAAAAUCUCAGUCGAUCCAAGAAGACAACUUUCCUGACAGAAAAAUCGUACUGGAUGCAUAUUUUAAAGAAAUAUCAGACGUCCUCCGACAGAAGGAAUUCAGCGCAUGCGCGUGGGAGGUCGCGAGAAAAGAGAUCUUGCGGAUGCUUGGGUUCAUUCUGCGGCAUGCGUCUGAUCACAUACUGAAACUUCAGAAAGGCCACAACAUGAGUAUAAACCCUGUCAUUGUGUAG